CCAAAAGCACAAGCAUUACAGGGAAUAUAAAGUGAGAGGUUACUGGAAAGAAUCACAAACCAACUUUAGACUACACCAAAUUUUUGCAAAGAGCAGAAAAUAUGAUCUUUGCUAUAAACAGUUCUUGCAUUUCAUGUAGCUGUUUAUAUGAUUUAGGUGUUUAAUAGUUGUUUUCAUUGAGUACAGUUAGAGGGGAGCUGCAGAAAUCUUAAGUGCUUCUGUUCUUUUUUUUUCUCUGUAGUUUUGCAACCGCAAAAUCUUAGAAGAAAACUGGAGACUGACAUAGGUCAGAGUGAUUCCUCAGCUGUGUGCUCUUCUGAAAGAGGAACUGCUUUUGGACAGUGGGAAUGAUGACAAAAGCAAAAAGGAAAAGAAAUGCAGUCUGGAGAAAGAUCCAGGCUGUUCGCUUUGAAGAUAUCAAAGUCUGGUGUAUGAGAAGGCUGCCCAUCUUGGAAUGGAUGCCUGUCUACAACUGGAGGGAAAAUUUGAUUCCUGAUGCAGUUUCUGGGAUGAUGUUAGCCAUCCAACAGGUGGCUCAAGGAUUGGCCUUUGCGGUUUUGUCUUCAGUCCAUCCAGUUUUUGGUUUAUAUGGCUCUUUCUUCCCUGUCAUUAUAUAUGCCAUAUUUGGAAUGGGACAUCAUGUUGCUACAGGAACUUUCGCUUUAACUUCCUUAAUAUCUGCCAAUGCAGUUGAGCGUCUUGUUCCUUUAGUCAACACUAAUUUCACUACAAGCAAUAAUUCAGAAAUUUUGGGCCUAUCAGAAUUUGAAAUGCAGAGAAUUGGAGUUGCAGCAGCAGUUUCAUUCCUAGGAGGAAUCAUUCAGGUAGCAAUGUUUAUGCUGCAGUUGGGCAGUGCCACUUUCUUGUUAACAGAACCAGUGAUAAGCGCAAUGACAACAGGAGCAGCUACACAUGUUGUGACUUCACAAGUGAAGUACCUGCUGGGAAUGAAAAUGCCAUAUAUAUCAGGACCACUAGGAUUUUUUCAUAUUUAUGCCUACAUAUUUGAGAAUAUCAGAUCAGUUCAGUUGGAGGCUUUACUUCUCUCCUUGCUGAGCAUCGUGGUGCUUGUUCUUGUUAAAGAACUGAAUGAGAAGUUUCAGAGAAAUAUUAAAAUUGUUCUUCCCAUUGAUCUUGUUUUGAUAAUUGCUACAUCCGUUGCCUGCUACUGUGCUGAUAUGGAACACGUCUAUGGAAUAGAAGUUGUGGGACAUAUUCCUGAAGGGUUACCAUCACCAAAAACACCACCCAUGAAUGUUCUGCCUGAAGUAGUCACAGAAGCUUUUGGUGUAGCACUGGUUGGUUAUGUAGCAUCACUAGCAAUUGCCAAUGCCUCUGCUAAAAAGUUUAAAUACGCUGUGGAUGAUAACCAGGAAUUUUUGGCUCAUGGCCUCAGCAACGUGAUUCCUUCAUUUUUCUUUUGCAUACCAAGUGCUGCAGCGAUGGGACGGACGGCACUUUUAUACAGUACAGGCGCCAAAACACAGGUGUCUGGCCUUAUCUCUUGUGUAUUAAUUCUUGUGGUGAUCUAUGCAAUUGGACCUAUGCUGUACUGGCUGCCUAUGUGUGUGCUAGCAAGCAUUAUUGUUGUGGGCUUGAAGGGGAUGCUAAUGCAGUUCCGUGACUUAAAAAAAUAUUGGAAUAUGGAUAAAAUAGACUGGGGCAUAUGGAUUAGUACCUACGUGUUUACAAUAUGCUUUGCUGCUAACAUGGGACUGCUGUAUGGUGUUGUCUGCACUAUAGUAAUUGUGAUUUUUCGCUUUCCCAGAGCAAAGACACUGAAUUUGAAAAAUGUUAAAGAAGUGGAAUAUAAAUACAAAACAGAAGAUAAUUGUGAAUCAUUAAAACAGGUAAAGAUAGUUUCAGUCAACAACCCAUUAGUCUUUCUGAAUGCCAGGAAAUUUCAUGCUGACCUGAUAAAGAUAAUUGAAAAGGAUAGCACGAGCAGCCAGGGAUGUGAAGAUGUAAACAAGUGUGAGCAGAACACAUUGCUCUGUUCAUUUUCCAAUGGAAGUUGCCAUGGUGAGUCAUUGCAGUCAUGUCACAUUGAGCAACCUGUUUUGAUAUUAGACUGCAGUGGACUGCAAUUCUUUGACUACACAGGAGUCUCAGUGCUGCUUGAGAUUUACAUGGACUGUAAAAACAGACACAUCGAUGUGUUUCUAGCACACUGCAAAGCUUCCUUGAUAAAAGCAAUGCAGUAUGGUGAAACUCUUGAAUCUGAAAAUCCUGUCUUCUUUGAAUCUAUUUCUUCAGCAAUCAAUGCCGUUCAAAUUCACCGAGUGAGACUUACAACAGGGAAUUACAGCAAGUUCAGUGAACAAAGUGAAGUGUGACGUCAAUUCAUUGAAUAUGGUUAGUUUGAUGUAGUCAUACUCAGAAUGAACUACACCAUGGUUUCUCCUUAGCUUUUUUUCUCCAGAGGAUCUCAUAGAUGAUCUUUUGUGUGUCACGUAUAUUUACUGCACUCAGCAAUGACUUUCUGAUCUGCCAUUCAGAAAAAAAGAAAAUCUUUCAUCUUCAAUUGCUCAGAGAAUGUUCAUAUAAUUGCUCUAUAAUGUUUUUAUAUAAUAUUUUUAUACACAUUUACGCACAAAUUAUUAGGAAGCAGACAUAGCUACUGGCUGUGUUUACCUGUGUGUAAAUUCUUUUAGAUGUCUUCUGUUGUAACAUUAGUUGUAAUAUGCAACUGUAGUCUUGUGCAUAGAAUAAUGAGACAUUAUGAAUUCUUAAACACAGUGUGUUAUAUUCGAUACAGUAUAUGCAGGAAGCCAUAUACCAGUGCAUAAUAUUUUCAAUGGCUUCACUUCUCCUUUUUUUUUCUGUUAAAGACAGUCAUUUGCAAUAACAGCAUAAUAUCACAGCUAUCUUAUUCUUCCAUUUUUUCAUACUUUGUUUUGCAUGCUUUUUAAUGCCUGCUAAGGUCAGUGGGAGCACUGUGUACUCAGAGAGGGCAGAUGUCUGUAUUCUAAGUGCACUGGCUUUUCCCCUCCUCUGGUAGUUGUCAUGAGUUAUUAUUAUGGUUUGCUAUAAUUUCAAAGCCACAGGUAUUCUUUAGCUCAGAUCAAAGAGGAAAAACUGGUAACAGUUUUUCAAAACUUGCUCUUGUUUCCAGCAUUUCCAGUCUGCAUUUCCAGUUUGAGCUUUGAUUUGUUUGGUGUUGAAAUUGUAAGCUGUGGCAGUUGAGAUGUGACAGUGGAGAGACACAUCAGGUGUAGGCCACAUUUCAGCCCCAGUUCUGGUGUGCAGUACUGUCUGAUGGCAUGGAAGAAUUAAUUGGUCAAGUAUUUUGCUUCUAAUUAUAUACUGCCAUCAAUUGUAUGAGAAUAUACUAUCAUGUCAAUAUGUUAUGUGGCAACAUGUAUGAAUUUUUUCCUCUUCUUUUCUUGCCAUACAUGAAGACCAGCAGUAACAUGUAAGAGUUAAACAAAAAAAAAAAAAAAUCAAAAAAUGAGGAGUAGGAUUUUUCCUUACCAACUUAAAAAAACCAAUGGAAGCUAAAAGGUAAAUGAAUAACAAUAAUGGCCAUUCAGCACUACAGAGAGGAGAGAACUUUGAGGGUGCUUUGUGCAUCUGAAGUCUAUAGGCAAAAUGUAAUGCUCAGCAUCCCAUUUUCAGCAGCUGAUACAUACAUACGUUUGUGAGGUGGCUCAUGGAGUUAUUUUUAUCUCUCUCUGCAUGCUUGUGUUAAGGCAUCGAUAGGCUUUUGGUCUUAGUGAUUCCACACUAGUAAAAGACAAGAUGGGAAUGCAUAGGGUUUUUUUACCCUUUCAGUUACAGGUGACUCCUGAAGCUAUUCCCCACUUUGUCCCACAGAUGACCAGAAGUGUGCUGUACAUGUUCUACUAAGGCUACUUUCAGAAAAACUUUAUAAAGGGUUGAUUAGGAACUGUGAGAAGCUUGUUAUACAUAGGAGAAAUAAAUUCUGUGCAUUGUCCCAAGCGCAUUCAGUUCAGAUGAGUAGUUUUUUUGCAGGUUACAUCCUCAGACUCAGUAACAGUCUGUAACAUUUGAUUAAUAAAUUCUCAAACAGUUUUAGUAAUUUAUUAACACUUUACAAACUAUUUACAUUGUACAUUAAUUGUAGAGCAUCAAUUGUAUGUCACAGCUGAAUGAAGAUCUCUACUUAUGUGCAAACUGAAUAAAUGAAUA